AUGCCUCCUGGAGGCAAAGCGAAAGACACGUAUUGCUGCGACUACUGUAGCAAGGAUUUCUCCUACGCAAGUAACUUGAGAAGACAUGUCAGACAUGUUCACGGCGAAGAAACCUUGCAAAGCGUGAAGGACAGCCUUGCCCGGAACCGAAGCGAAAGAGGGCUACUUGCUUGCGACCUGUGCACAGAGCACGCUAUGAAUUUUGCCAACCUGUACGAUCUACGACAGCACCACAUUAAGGAACACAGUUUCAAGGAAGAGGUGGAGAGCCUGGUAUUCGACACAAUGUCAGGGUUUUCUGUCUGGAAAGACAAUAUAGAAAGAGAGACGUGCAGCAGUUUUAAUGUCUCAACAGGAAAACAGCAAUGUGCAUCAGGAGCUGCUAAGCAUUAUUUUUAUUGCCACCGUUCUGGAAGCUAUGGGUGUGCUCCUGUGGAUCAGCGCAAACGACGAAAGAAAGCUCAAGGCACCUGCAAAAUAGGCAAACACUGCUUUGCAUCAUUACACGCAAAAGAGGAGGACGGCAAGGUGUUCGUGACAUUUCAGAAGAAACAUUAUGGCCAUCCUGAAAGCAAUGUAGAACACCAGAGGCUAUCCAGCGUUGAGACUCAAGUGCUCGCAGGUCAGUUGGUCCAAGGUGUGCCGCCAAAUACUAUCGUGGCUAAGAUUCGGGCUGACAAUGCUGCGGGCAGUAAUGGACCAUCAAGAUGGCAGCUUGUUACUACGAAGGACCUCCACAACAUUCGAGAUAAGUAUAAAAUCGGCAAAAAGGAGCAGAGAGAUGCUAAUGACUUCAGAAGUGUUGAAUUCUUUUGGGAAUGCCUGGGAGCAAGUAAUGGGUCCAGUACAACACCGUCUGCUAUGUUCCUGGCAUGUUAUGAGGAACUGGAAUGA